AUGCCCUACGUAUACGACUGCGAUGAACUGCAGGGAUACAUUUUGUUUCUCGGAAGGGAUAAAUACGAGAAUGACGCACUGCUCGAGUAUUCGUUGCCGUUGGACUGGUGGUUCCAUGUCGAUAAGCACUCUUCUGCACACGUCUACGUUCGACCCAAGAGGCGCCUCUUCGAGUUGAGCGAGACGUCUGGAGGCACGGCCUACGAGCUGAGCGCAGCACCACUUGAACCGCCGACAGAGGUUGUGCGUGCAGCGGCGGCCGUUGCCAAGGAAAACUCUAUCGAAGGUGCCAAGCAGAGCUUUGUUCACGUCGUGUAUACGCCUGCGUCGAACCUGUUGAAGUCUGGAGACAUGGGCCCAGGUCAGGUGGGCUUUCGAGACCCCAAACUUGUGCAGCGAAUCCGCGUCGCGCGUUCGGACGCUGUGCGAUUGAAGCAGAUCAAGAGCUCACGCAAAGAGUGCACAAUUGACGAGCUUCGGAAAUCACACGAAGACUUUCAACACGAGCAGCAACGCUGGUCAAAGGCAGCGUCUCGGCGACGACAGGCCGAGGAAAGAGCCCAUCAGGAACAGGCAGCCCGUGAACGGGAUGCGCGAAACUAUGCUCAUUUGCAUAAGCAAGAAGCGAUGACGAGCAAUAAGGAAUUAGCUGAAAACUACGAGGAUGAGUUUCUUUGA